AUGCUAUUUAGGAGGUUCUUGUUCACUCCGAGCAAGAUAACGAAUGAUAUUUUACAACUACCAACACAUGAACUUUUACAACAAUUAGGUUACGUUAAGCAAGCCUCAUCUGGGGUAUUGCACUGGCUACCCUUGGGGCUUAAGACUUUGAGAAAUAUUGAGGGAAUAAUUAGACGCCGUAUGGACGAAAGUGGGGCACAUGAAGUCUCAUUAUCCUCGCUGUCACAACGGUCUCUUUGGGAAACGACUGGCAGAUGGUCUAAUACUGAAUUGUUCAAACUUAAGGAUGCGAAAAAGAAGGAUUACUGUCUUGUACCAACUUGUGAGGAAGAAAUUACGUGGCUGAUGAACAGUUAUCUAACCAGCUAUAAAGAUCUACCAAUAAUAGCUUAUCAAAUCACAAGAAAGUAUAGAGACGAGCUAAGGCCAAGAGGUGGACUAUUGCGUGGACGUGAAUUCUUGAUGAAAGAUGCAUACAGUUUCCAUUUGAAUUCAGAAGAUGCUGUCUCCACAUUUGAGCGAGUUAAUGCGACUUAUGAUAAAAUAUUCACUGACAUUGGUGUUCCUUUUGUAAGUGCUGUUGCUGACUCAGGUGAUAUUGGAGGUGAUCUAUCGAAGGAGUAUCACUUCAUUCACGAAUCUGGAGAAGAUACUUUGUUCCGUUGCAAUUCUUGUGAGGCGGUAUCUAAUAUAGAGAAAUGUGGAUCAUACCCGGUGGAGAGCAAAGAAUAUCUCGGAGAUGUUUCUGUCAAAUAUGCGUUAAAUGAGGAAAAUGAUACACUUGUGUGUUUGUAUUAUCCAGCCAGCCGUCAUUUGAAUUGGAAUCUUGCCCUUGAAGCAGUGGAUAACGAUCUAGAGCCACAAACUAGAUAUAUGACUAAUGAAGAAGUUCUUGCUAAGUUUACCGAAAACUAUGAUCCGAUGUUCAACGGAAUCAUUAGAGUGAUGGAUGUUCGUCUAAAUUCAAGAUCAAACUUCCCAGAUUUCCCAUUGAAAUCGUACUUAAAGAAUAAUUUUGCGCAGCUCAAUGAUUAUUCAAUCGUUGAUGUCGAAGAAGGUGAAAUUUGUGCCCAGUGCGAGGAAGGUGAAUUAGAGAGCGCCAAGAGUAUCGAGGUGGGCCACACUUUCUAUCUAGGUAAAAAAUACAGUAAAGCGUUGAAUGCUACCUUUCGUCAACAGGACAAUUCUGAUGUGGUUAUGGAAAUGGGAUGCUACGGAAUUGGUGUUAGUAGAUUGAUCGGUGCCAUAGCACAAGUGACAAGAGAUCCUAAAGGGUUAAGAUGGCCAAGUUCUGUGAGUCCAUAUAAAGUCUCUGUUUGUGCAAGCGAUAAAUCCGUAGACCAACUGAACAAAGUGAAAGCACUUCUUGAUUACAAACCUUAUACUGACUUCGAUGCAAAGACAAGUAUUGGUGCCAAGAUUCAACAGUCACAUGCCUUAGGUAUCCCAAUCGCCAUAGUUGUGGGUCCAAAGAGUUGGCCCAACGUCGAAAUCGAGGUAAGAGGUAAUUUCAGAUCCAAAAACUGGGAAACAAGUUACGAGAAAUUACAUAGCCAAUUGGGCUGGGAAUACAAUCAAGAAUCAGGGAAACAUUUUGUGUUGCAUGAAAAUGCCAACGAUGUGGUGAACAUUUUAUUGAAAGAUUUGUAA